GGCGGGAAGGAGUAGAGGCUGGGGCAGAGGGCGAGGGCGGAGGGCGCUGGCGGCGGCAGCCGCGGAAGAUGAGCAGCAGCUGCUCAGGGCUAAGCAGGGUCCUGGUGGCCAUAGUUACAGCCCUGGUGUCUGCCUCUUCCUCCUGCCCCCAAGCCUGGGGACCUCCAGGGGUCCAGUAUGGGCAGCCUGGCAGGUCUGUGACGCUGUGUUGCCCCGGAGUGACUGGGGCCCCAGUGUCCUGGCUUCGGGAUGGGGAGCCAAGGCUGCUCCAGGGACCUGACUCUGGGCUAGGGCAAGAACUGGUCCUGGCCCAGGCAGACAGCACUGACGAGGGCACCUACAUCUGCCAGACCCUGGAUGGUGCUAUUGGAGGCACAGUGACCCUGCAGCUUGGCUACCCCCCAGCCCGCCCUGUUGUCUCCUGCCAAGCAGCUGACUAUGAGAAUUUCUCCUGCACUUGGAGUCCGGGCCAGGUCAGCGGUUUGCCCACCCGCUACCUCACCUCCUACAGGAAGAAGAUGGUGCCAGCAGUUGAUGGCCAGAGGAUGAGUCCAUCCACAGGGCCCUGGCCAUGCCCACAGGACCCCCCAGGGGCUGCCCGCUGCAUGGUCCAUGGGGCAGAGUUCUGGAGCCAGUACCGGAUCAAUGUGACUGAAGUGAACCCCCUGGGGGCUAGCACACGCCUGCUGGACGUGAGCUUGCAGAGCAUCUUGCGCCCUGACCCACCCCAGGAGCUGAGGGUGGAGCCAAUACCUGGUUACCCCCGCCGCCUGCGGGUCAGCUGGAUGUACCCUGUCUCCUGGCCCCGCCAGCCCCACUUUCUGCUCAAGUUCCGCCUGCAGUACCGCCCAGUGCAGCAUCCAGCCUGGUCCACGGUGGAGCCGGCUGGGUUGGAAGAGGUGAUCACGGACGCAGUGGCUGGGCUGCCCCACGUCGUGCGGGUCAGUGCCCGGGAUUUUCUGGACGCUGGCAGCUGGAGCGCCUGGAGCUCGGAGGCCUGGGGGACUCCGAGCACUGCUGAGAGGCAAAGCCAAGGGAAAGCGCGAGGCCCAGCCCAUUCAGAGCCCCUAUGGAAGGAGAUACCAUCCGGGGGCCAGCCACUCACGGAGCCGGAGGUGGAGAGCCCGGCCCCUCCAAGGCCUUCCCACCAGCCAGACUCUCGGCCACUCGACCAUAGGGACUCUCUGGAGCAGAUGGCCAUACUGGUCUCAUUGGGAAUCUUCUUUUUCCUGGGACUAGCAGCUGUGGCCCUGGCACUGGGGCUCUGGCUGAGGCUGAGAUCUGGCCAGAAGGAUGGACCCCAAAAGCCUGGGUUCUUGGCCCCAAUAAUUCCUGUGGACAAGGUUCCAGGGCGUCUGGCCAAGAUCCAGUCCUACUCCCACCCCUGAUUUGCCUCCUGAUUCUUCUAGGAGCCCCAAACCUAUAGAGGACCCAGGAGGGCACAGCUGAUUCUGCCUAUCUCUCUGUCUUGCUGGUGUGGAUGGAUGGACAGAUAGAACCCCAGGCAGGACAGUAGAUCCCCAUGGAAGGGUUGUGUCUCAGCUGGAAGAUCUGAUUGGAGCCAAAUUCUUUGAGCCCUUGUAUUCCAAACUUUCCAGCUGAAAGGUGCCUGAAUCUUUGAUUUCAUCCUAGAGCUGGAGGUCCAGCCUGAGGGACAUGUAUAUGAGUGUAUGUAUGUAUCCAUGUGUGACCAUGUGUAUAUGAGGCAGGGAACAUGUAUUCUAUGUAUGUGUGUAUGCACAGGGGAGUGUGGGGGUGCCUCUGGCCCUUGGCUUUGCCCCCGGUGGGAGUUGUGGAGGUGUAAAUAAAGAGAAUGAGGAAGUU